CAAAGGCACACCACAGGCUAAGGGGGAGAGUCACGAUCUUCAGGGACUAGCUCCCGGAGAGGGGAGGGGAGGCUACUGAACCCAACAUUGCCACCUUGCCUACAAUGCAUGCCUUGGUGCUCACCUUCUAGGCCCUAGGACCUAGGUGUCUCUGUCUCUCUCUACACCCUGCUUUCCAAAACCUUACUAGGAAAGCGGGAGAACCAGAUGAGGCAUUACGCAAGGUCUGCUGUUUACCUCCUGCAUGGGGCCUCCUCCCUCCCUAUAAAACCUGACGUGGUGAGGAGACGCUCUGAGUCCGAUCUGGGUAAGCGAGACAGCCCGGGAGAAGGGUAGUUAGGAGGCGCGAAGUGAAUGAGGGAGACGCAGCGAGGGGUGUCGAGUCAGCACGCAGCGGAGGUGGUCCGCCGCCACCUACGCCCUCGGGGGCGGCUGCCACGGUCGCGGGCCAGGGUGCGUCUGGAUCCUUGCUUUCCAUGGAGGCUCCCGAGCUGGGCCCGGGGUUGGUGGAGCGUCUGGAGCAGCUGGCGACGUGUCCGCUGUGCGGGGGCCCCUUCGAGGACCCAGUACUGCUGGCGUGCGAGCACAGCUUCUGCCGUGCGUGCUUGGCGCGUUGCUGGGGGGCCCCGGCAGCGCCGGGCUCGGAGGCGGCACCCCCUUCCUGCCCCUGCUGUGGUCAGCCGUGUCCCCGACGCAGCCUAAGGUCAAACGUGCGUCUGGCAGUGGAAGUGCGCAUCAGCCGUGGGCUGCGUGAGAAACUGGCGGAGCCGGGUACCCGGACAGGGAGAAGACGCGGGGGUCGCAUACCUACCAUGGGCUGCCUGGACCCGCACGGAGAGGAUAUGAGGAAGACAUGGAGGCGAUUUGAUGUCCCGACACCCAAGUCAUCUAACUCAGAGGAGGAGCUCCCUGAAGAUUACCCUGUGGUAAAAAACAUGCUUCACAGACUGACAGCUGACCUGACACUUGACCCUCGCACUGCACACCGUGGUCUGCUCAUUUCCUCUGACCACCGCGGCGUGAGUCUGGCUCCACCUGGAACACCAGAGCCUCUGGACAGCCCCGCGCGCUUCGAUCGGCUCCUAGCCGUGCUGGGUGCCCAGGGCUUCGCGUCGGGCCGCCACUGCUGGGAGGUGGAGACGGUGGAGGGCGCGUCCUUCAGAGACUCUACCUCGGAGAAUGAGGAUGCAGGAGAGAGCUGCUACGCCGUGGGCGCGGCCGGGGAAUCCGUGACGCGCAAGGGCCUCAUCAAGCUGUGCCCAUCUGAGGCUGUUUGGGCCGUAGAGGGCCGUGGCGGCCGCCUAUGGGCACUCACGGCCCCAGAGCCCACUCUGCUAGGCGGAGCCAGGGCCCCGCCGCAGCGCAUUCGCGUUGACUUGGACUGGGAGCGGGGCCGUGUGGCCUUCUAUGACGGCCGCUCACUGGACUUGCUCUUCGCCUUCCAGGCGCCCGGCCCGCUGGGGGAGCGCGUCUUCCCACUGCUCUGCACUUGUGAUCCCCGCGCCCUACUGCGCAUCGUGCCUGGAGAAGGCUAAGCGUCUGGUUCCCUGCCUCCUACCCUAGCCUAGCCCGGAUGCCUCGGGGCUACUUCUCUCUGGUGCAGAAAUCUCCACCUAUUUCAGUGGUCUGUACACCUGUCGCAGCAGGAGCAUUAAUAAGCACCCUUUACCCACUCACAUUCUUUCUCCCACAGCAAGACCUCAAAAUGGCUUGCAUAUCCGUGCCUUUAAGCCAGUCUGGUCCUGCAUCUCCAUGCCCAAAUCUAGCCUUUGAGUUCCCUUUCUGUACCGUUCCAGGCAGGGAUAGGGAAAGGAUCUGUGUCACCAGAACUGGAAAACAUUGACAUUUACCUCCAAUCCCAAAGGGCUAGGACCUGAUCCACAGUGGGAAGGCUGGGGCCUCCUGCUGAUGACCACUCUGAGAAUUCCCCUCAAGAAAAAUAAAUCCUCCUAAAAUAAGACGAUCAACUCAUAACCCAAAGCCUAAAAUAUAAAUGUUGGGAUGUGUGUGCAAGACAUUCCACUCUCUACAUUUCUUCUAUGACUGUUUUCUAUGCUCAUAGCCUUUUCCCCUUAAACAUCCUCUUUUUUUUUUUUUUUCCGAGACAGGGUUUCUCUGUGGCUUUGGAGGCUGUCCUGGAACUAGCUCUUGUAGACCAGGCUGGCCUCGAACUCACAGAGAUCCGCCUGCCUCUGCCUCCCGAAUGCUGGGAUUAAAGGCGUGCACCACCAACGUCCGGCUUAAACAUCCUCUUGGAAAUUCAUUUUGCACACAAAAGAACCAAUGGUGCUACCCUCCUUCUCAACCUGGGAGCAAUCCAGGCAUCCCAAACAUCCUUGUAUAGUCUCCCAUCCUCCCCAUGUGUAUAAAUGGGCCUGUAUUUAACACAUUGUGCAAUGUUGGGUUAUUUAUUUUGUGCAUCUGUGGCAAUAAAUGAGAUCUCAGUGGUGGCA